AAGAUGGGGCCAAUAAUUAUCACAGAGCAGCUGUUAGUUUUAUUAGAAUCUGUUUGCCAGGAGGAAUAAAGCGCUGGCCAUCUGGCACCCUCAGCCCCAGCUCUUAGGUCCCCGCCUGAGCUGUGAGUCAUUCUUCAAGUUGCAAGCAAUUGAAUCUGGGUUAGACUGGCUUCAGUGUUCAUUGGCUGGCUGUCUGCUAAACCCUACAUUCAACAGCUCACACUGGCUAACAUCAAUGGCUGCUGUGUAGGCUCCGGAAGUCCAAAGGCAGAUAGUCCCUCUGUAGUGAAGUUAGAGACAGAGCAGGUGAUGGAGUUUGACCUGCACUGAGGGGCUCACAGAAUGUCGCCGAGAGGUACAAUGUUCCCAAAGGACUCCAGGUACACCUUGACUCGACCUGGAGACAAACCCUGCCCUCGAGUUGGCCACAGCUGCUCCUAUUUACCCCCAAUUGGUGAUGCCAAGAGAGGGAAGGUCUUCAUCGUAGGGGGAGCAAAUCCAAACCAAAGCUUCUCAGAUGUGCACAUCAUGGAUUUGGGAACACAGCAGUGGGACACGGCCACCACGGAAGGUCUGUUGCCUCGGUAUGAGCACGCCAGCUUCAUCCCCUCCUGCACCCCUCACAGCAUCUGGGUGUUUGGGGGUGCGGACCAGUCAGGAAAUCGAAACUGUCUACAAGUCUUGGAUCCUGAAACCAGAACUUGGACCACACCAGAAGUGAGCAGCUCCCCGCCAUCCCCAAGAACAUUCCACACAUCAUCAGCAGCCAUUGGAGACCAGCUAUAUGUCUUUGGAGGAGGAGAGAGAGGUGCCCAGCCUGUGCAGGACGUGAAGUUGCAUGUAUUUGACGCAAACACUUUGAUGUGGUCUCAGCCAGAGACACAUGGAAGUCCUCCAUCUGCUCGGCAUGGCCAUGUGAUGGUGGCAGCUGGUACAAAACUCUUCAUCCAUGGAGGCUUGUCAGGGGACAAGUUCUUUGAUGAUCUCCAUUGCAUUGAUAUAAGUAACAUGAAAUGGCAGAAGCUUAGUCCCACAGGGGCUGUUCCAGCGGCCUGCGCUGCCCAUGCUGCUGUGGCUGUGGGAAAACAUGUGUAUGUGUUUGGAGGAAUGACUCCCACUGGAGCACUGAACACGAUGUACAAGUAUCACACAGAAAAGCAGCAUUGGACCUCCCUUCAGUUUGGUCCUUUCCUACCUCCUGGACGACUGGACCACUCCAUGUGUGUCAUCCCAUGGCCAGUGCCGUCCACCUCUGAGAAUGAAGACUCGGAUUCUGUCAUUCUCAACUGUGAAGCUGAGAGAACGGGCGCUGCUGGCGUACACGUGGCUCAGGGUGGUGAGGAAAGUCAGACUAACAUGUCGCUCUGUUUCGUGUUCGGUGGGAUGAAUACCGAAGGGGAGAUCUAUGACGACUGCAUUGUGACUGUAGUUGACUAAUAAAGCCCACAUUUUUAUUA